ACCAUUUCUCCUCUCUCUCUCUCUCUCUCUCUCUCUCUGAAUCCAAUUUCUAAGUUUUGAUGAUCAUUUAGAUCUUCAAACAUGGGAACUCCAGUGAACAUCAUAGUUGGAUCACAUGUCUGGGCUGAGGAUCAAGAGGCUGCUUGGAUUGAUGGUGAAGUCACGCAAAUCAAAGGCAGAGAAGCCACCAUUGUUACUACUAAUGGCAAGAAUAUAGUUGCAGAAAUUUCAAGUAUAUAUCCGAAAGACACAGAAGCACCACCAGCAGGUGUUGAUGACAUGACCAAGUUGGCUUACCUCCAUGAACCCGGAGUGCUAUACAAUCUCUCCUGUCGAUUUUCUCUCAACGAGAUAUACACUUACACCGGAAACAUUCUAAUUGCGGUGAAUCCCUUCCGAAGACUUCCACAUUUGUAUGAUGUCCACAUGAUGGAGCAGUACAAGGGAGCUGCUUUCGGGGAGCUAAGUCCGCAUCUUUUCGCUGUCGCGGACACAUGCUACAGGGCAAUGAUAAAUGAGAAAGGAAGUCAAUCCAUUUUGGUAAGUGGAGAAAGUGGAGCUGGUAAAACAGAAACAACAAAAAUGCUUAUGAGAUAUCUUGCAUUCAUGGGGGGCAGAACAGGCACUGAAGGAAGGACAGUUGAACAACAAGUUUUAGAGUCCAAUCCAGUACUAGAAGCUUUUGGAAAUGCCAAGACAGUAAAAAACAACAAUUCAAGUCGUUUCGGGAAAUUCGUCGAGAUUCAAUUUGACAAGUAUGGCAAGAUCUCCGGGGCUGCUAUUCGCACAUAUCUUCUCGAAAGGUCGCGUGUUUGUCAAGUGUCCGAUCCGGAGAGAAACUACCAUUGUUUUUACAUGCUUUGUGCAGCACCACCAGAGGAUGUCAAGAAGUUCAAGUUAGGGGAUCCAAGACAAUUUCACUAUCUUAAUCAGUCCAGUUGUUAUGAAGUGGCAAAUGUUGAUGAUGCAAGGGAGUAUUUGGAAACCAGAAAUGCCAUGGAUAUUGUAGGGAUCAGUCAAGAAGAACAGGAGGCUAUAUUUAGAGUGGUGGCUGCAAUCCUUCAUCUUGGAAACAUUGACUUCAUCAAAGGGAAAGAUGUCGAUUCUUCGAAAUUGAAAGAUGAUAAAUCACUGAACCAUCUCAAAACAGCAGCAGAGCUACUCAAGUGUGAUGAGACGUCGCUGGAAGCCUCGCUUUGCAAGCGUGUCAUAGUGACGCCUGACGGCAAUAUUACAAAACCAUUAGACCCGGCGGCUGCUGCCUUAAAUCGUGAUGCCUUGGCAAAAACCAUUUACUCUAGACUAUUUGAUUGGAUUGUUGACAAGAUAAACAGCUCAAUUGGUCAAGAUCCAAAUGCAGAAAGCUUAAUUGGAGUCCUUGAUAUAUAUGGCUUUGAAAGCUUCAAGAUAAACAGUUUUGAGCAGCUGUGUAUCAACCUCACAAAUGAAAAGUUACAACAACAUUUCAAUCAGCAUGUAUUCAAAAUGGAGCAAGAAGAAUACACAAAAGAAGAAAUAAACUGGAGCUAUGUGGAAUUUGUGGAUAACCAGGAUGUUUUAGAUCUUAUUGAGAAGAAACCUGGUGGCAUAAUUGCCCUUCUUGAUGAGGCUUGUAUGUUUCCCAAGUCAACCCAUGAGACAUUCGCACAGAAGAUGUAUCAGAUUUAUAAAGCGCACAAGCGUUUCAGCAAGCCAAAACUUGCUCGAACGGACUUCACAAUCAACCAUUAUGCCGGAGAUGUCACGUACCAAGCAGAUUACUUUCUUGAUAAAAACAAGGAUUAUGUAGUGGCAGAACAUCAAGCUCUACUAGAUGCCUCCAAGUGCUCAUUUGUUGCAAAUCUAUUCCCUCAACUGCCUGAAGAGUCAUCAAAACAAUCGAAAUUCUCUUCCAUAGGCACCCGCUUCAAGCAACAACUUCAGUCUUUAAUGGAAACACUGAACACAACCGAGCCACAUUACAUCAGAUGUGUGAAGCCCAACACAGUUUUGAAGCCUGGAAUUUUUGAGAACUUCAAUGUCUUAAACCAAUUGAGAUGUGGAGGUGUUCUAGAGGCAAUUAGGAUUAGUUGCGCUGGAUAUCCAACAAAAAGAACGUUCGAUGAGUUUCUCGACCGUUUUGGAAUGCUGGCUCCUGAUGUUCUUGACGGGUCUGAUGAGAAAUCAGCAUGUAUAGCUAUUUGUGACAGAAUGGGAUUAAAGGGAUAUCAGAUUGGGAAGACAAAGGUAUUUCUGCGAGCUGGACAAAUGGCCGAGCUAGAUGCACGAAGAACCGAAAUCUUGGCUAAUGCGGCACGACUCUUACAAAGGCAGAUCCGAACGCAUCUAACCAGAAAAGUGUUCAUUGCCCAGAAAAGAGCUGCAAUUGAUAUGCAGAAAUAUUGGAGAG